AUGUUUGUGCUCCUCAUUGCAGGCCAUUGGCUGCAGUCGUCCUUUGCCUCCACGCAGCUGGGCCUCACCAGUAGCAACCUCACUGCUCUCAAUCCCGGCCUCGACUGCUUUGAGCCCAUCAAGGCGGGCCGCUCUCUGUGCGUCGAGCGCAACGCCACCUUCGCUUUCACCGUCCCUCAGUGCUCGCGAUACGGCGUGCUCACACCACAGGACACGUGCGAGCGCCUGCUGCGGCAGGUGGCGGGGAGUGAGGGUGACCCAACAGGGGCUGGGGAGGUGAAUGCCAUGCGCUGGGCUGAGCUGUACUGCAACAAUCCUGGCCUCAUCUGCUCCUAUGUCAUCCCAGCCUCCGCAUCUGCUGUUGGCAGCAACAUUGGCGUACAGGUGAGGGUUGGAGGGGAACUGGGAUGGGGGGCGCAAUAG